UGCCGAUGGUGUGUCAUCGAUAACUGCACAGCUGAUUGAUGAUAUUUUCAAAACAAACGCAAUGUUACAACAACUGUGCAGAUCUCAUAUUACAAGAGUAAGAUGGCCAAGCUCUGUGCCUGCAGUGAUACAACAGUUGCAUCAACGCCGCCUUGGAACUGCACCCAAAAAAACCAAGAUCCUCAAUGAAACUGGCUUUUCCGAAUGGCGGACCAUUUACAGCCUUCCGUCAAUACGACUGGUGGCUGCAUUUAAUAGGUUAAAAAUCUACCAGGCUGUUGUUACAGCUGCGGGAGCUCCCAUUGCCUUUGCUCUCGAACAGUCCGGACACGCUACGGAUGCACUGGGAAUCUAUGCCGCCAUAGGGGUUAGUGGGCUGAUAACCCUAACCCUAGCCAGUUUUGCAGCGACAAAUCUCGUUGGAUUUAUAUACAUCAACGAGCAGCAGGACAUGCUGAAGCUUGCCUAUGUGGAUUUCUGGGGCCGCCGUGUAGAGACUUUGGUGGAGACCGAUGAUUUGCUCCCCAGCUGGGAACGGGGGACAAUGAGCCAACUGAGAUUCUUUUUGCCCAUAGCCCUGCGGAGUGAUGCCAAAAGGCGCUACAAAUUGUUGAAUCGUUUUGGCAACAUUGCCGAUCCGCAACUGUUUGAGGGUCUCUUUGGAGAUUAAUACCUAAGAACCAUAAGAUUGGAGACACUUGUUACUAGUUACUAGGUGUGCAAACGUUUAAUUGUACAGUCCUAACAUCAAGAAAAUAAUAUCAUCUAAGUCUAA